CAGCCACCUCCCAGGCCAGCCUUGGCCAGCACAACCUCAGUCCACAGUGGCCAGAAUGACCUGAGAUGUGCCCAGGAGCCCAGGCCUUUCCCAAGGUGCCCUGGAGAAGCGGAGUGAAGGGCAGCAGCUUUGACCCCCAAGGGAAAACCUCCAAGGAUCCCAAGGUGACAGAGGCAAGGGCCAAGAGCAGGCUGUAGUCAGGGGGUGAAGCAAUGAGCGCCCGGGCUACACGGCCUCGAAGCCGCCGAGGGAGGCAUCCUCCGCCUGGGGAGCUGGACCCCGUGGCUGAGAGUUCAGAGGAGAUGGAGGCUGCCAGUGGGAGUUUCGAGGCUAAACCUGGGCUGCUUCAGGAACAUCUUGGUCCUGACAAGCAGGGCUCAGGGAGCUGGACCGAGGAUGACUGUGGUGUGAGAUCCCAUGAGGCCCUACCCUUGAGCCUAGAGGAACGGUACAAGUCUGAAGCAGAAACCCACCAGGCCCUGCAGGCAGCCCCGCUGGAUACUGGCCCUGCUAAGACAUUAGCACCCACGGUGUUUGAGACCCUGCAGUGCAGGCUGAGCUCCCUUGAGGCAGCUGUGUCUGCAUGGCACCACCGCUCCCUAAACUUUCCAAGACCAGUGGAAACAGAAGACAGAGACAAGGGGCCUCCUGGAUCCUUUAGCGAUCAGGAAGAAGCUGCUGGGACUGGACAGCAGGAGGCAGCUCGCCUCAUAGAGAGGAACGCCUGGCUGCGGCUGGCCCUGGGCAGCCGAGAGGAUGAGCUGGUUUACACUCAGGCUUCCCUGCAGGAUGCCCAGGCAGAGAAGGCGAGUCUGCAGAGACAGGUGCAAGAGCUGGAGGAUUCCCUGAUGCGGCUGGAGGCCUCCCCGCCUUCCUCCAUCCUCAGAGCAAGGCAUGCAAACAACAACUCCAGCAAUUUUGAGGCAGAAGGGGAAACCUGGGCACCUCAGGAGCAGAAAGGACUCAGACACAGCUGCAUCACCCAGGUCUACCCCAGCGUGGUUGACAGCUCACCAAAGCUUCCCAGCCUGCAGGACUCUCCUGUGGCUCACCCCCUUCUCCGACGCCUCCAGAAUAACUUCAGUACUCAGAUCUUUGGGUGUCUUUCUACACAGCAUCCAGCUCCAGAGAUGUACCUCAUAGAAGACCAAAUGGGGCAGCUCCAGGGGAGCAUUGAGAAGUUGAAGUGCUUCAAUCGCCUCCUGCUGGCUGUGCUCCAGGGCUACAAGGGCCGCUGUGAGAGCCUCAGCAUGCAGCUUGGCCAGCUGGAGGCUGAGUACACAGCCCUGCACCUGGCCCUGCAGUAUAGAGAGGAUUAUGAAGAAGUGUUUGGGGUGCUGCUUGCUCUGCGAACAGCUGGCUCAGGAGUUGGAGCUGUAGCCACCAAGAGUGACCUGCAGGCUGCUGAGAAGGAAGCAUGUAGGCUGCUGGUGGAGAAGCAAGCAGCCAUGGAUGGAGAGACACCCCCACCCAGCCCAGAGGGCAGCAGUGUGGACAAGCCCACAGCACAGGAACUGGCUACUCAGCUCCACCGUUAUGUCCAGCACCUCCGGGAGCGCUGGGCUCUCCUGAAGGUGCCCCCGGCGCUUGGCCCUGCCACCGUGCCCUGGCCCACAGUGCCCCACACAGAAGCGACACUGCAGGCCAUUCUGGAGAUACAGCCCGGCCCUACCCUGCCCAGGCUGGAGAAGUCUCAGAUCCAGCAGGACCUAGUGGCUACUCGGGACAAUCUGGCAGACCUGAUGCUGCAGCUGCAGCUGGCUCGACGGGAGAAGCGCGGGCUGGAGCUGAGGGAGGCGGCACUGCGUGCCCAGGGCCCCGCCCACCUGCUGCUCAUGCAGCAGCUUGGCUGGGAGCAGGCUCAACUCGCCGGCGAAGGCAGCAGCGCGGGCAGCAGCCAAGAGGAGGACAGGGAGGAAGAGGAGCAGCACUACCAGGGCCCUCCUGCUCUCCUGGGUGGCCAGAUGGGCAAACCGUGGGACCCUGAGACCGUAUCCCAGGAACUGUCUGCAUCCCUUGCCCGGGCAGUGGACCUUCGGGCACAGCUGCAGUCCCUGCGGCAGCAGCUGGAACAGGUGGCUCAGAAGGGCCACAUUAGACGUGCUCAGAGUGCAGAGCUGAUCAGAGAGCUGUGCAAGGCACACAGCGCUCUGGCCUUGGCCUUCAGAGGAGCCCACCGGACACAGGAAGAGCAGCGCAGGAAGUUGGAACAGCAGGUGACUCAGAUGCAGUCCCAGCAGGCGGAGGAGCUGGAAGUUCUGGCAGCCACUGUGAGGGCCCUGGGGAAGCCCAGGGCUCCCCAGCCAGCCCAGACCUUCCUGUAGGGCCUGAAUCAAGUCUGCAUGUCAACACAGGGGUGGGUGGCAGGAGGGUCAGAGUGUCCUGUGAUGGGCUGGAGAGAUGGCUUAGUGGUUAGGAGCACUUGAAGGGAACUUGGGCUCAGUUGCCAGCCUCAACAGCCACAGCAGAUCUGUCGGCCCCUUCUGGCCUCUGCAGGCUCCGCACUAACGUGUAUAUACUGGUACUCACACGCUCAUGGAAUUAAACAAAAUAACAUGUCCUGUCACAUCA